AUGACGAGCAAGCGCACUCGUUCUCAUUCGCCACCCGCUCCGCCUCCAGAGACCCACAUCUCCUCCCAAUGCACCUUUGCCACUCGCGGCUGGGUCUGCGUCCCAAACCCUCUGUCACUCUUAGAACUGCGUGUGCUUCAGUCCGAGAGUAGCGCGCUCUACGCUCGUGAAUCCGCCGAGUCUAUCGCCGCUCUGGGUUGCGUUCUAGACGGCAUGGCGCAGUGUCCGAUCCGCGACUCCGACCUGGCCCGAGUAAACUCCAAAUACUACCUCCAAGCUCGCACCAAACAGUUAAAGAGCAAAUUUAUCGACAUGGAGAUAUUCGCAUCGAUACUGUUUACGAAGCUCCCAGGAAUCGCUGGACAGCUGAUGGCACGUUAUGAAAAGUCUGAGACAGGGUACAACAUGUUUUUCUUCAACGAGCACUACGUGGUGAAGCCUCCGAGGAGUAACGUGGAGUUUCGCUGGCAUCGAGACGACGACGAGCAGCUCGCUAUGUGUGUGCAUCGAGACAAAAUUGCUCCCUAUGUGUCGGCCUGGUGUGCCUUGGACGAUGUGACUGAAGUGAAUGGAGCACUACAAUUCGUGUCGUUGAAAGAACACGGCGUCAGUGUCGACAACUUAGCGUGUCAUGCUAGUGAGCCAGUGACAGUCAAGGCGGGAGACGUGCUCUUCUUCUUGUCAAAUUCCAUCAUCACUAUGCUAUACACGACAAACCACGGCAUUUUCAUUGAGAAUUAA